GUUUGUUUUAUUUUACGACAUUGAUAUUGUGCUGAAAACUGUCAGUUACCACCUGCAAUUCAACGAUUUUAAUCUUGUGCAAUCAUCAUCAUGACAUAGUAUUAGCAACGUAAAAUGGCAGUGGCAACCCAAUUCUGCGAAGUGGAGUUUGAAGAAUUACUAUUCCUGGAGAAAUGCGGUGGCGGCACAUUCGGAAGCGUUUACCGCGCAAUAUGGAAGCCAUAUGAGAUGGAGGUGGCUGUAAAAAAGCUGCUAGUUCUUGAUAAAGAGGCUCAAGUUCUGAGUGUUCUCUCUCAUAGGAACAUCAUCAAGUUCUACGGUGCUGUAACAGAAGAGCCAAACUAUUGUCUAGUCACUGAGUUUGCCUGCAAUGGUUCUCUGUAUGCCUACCUGCAGAAUCCAGACAAUCACUUGGACUUUGACCAGAUUUUAAACUGGGCCAAAGAAAUCGCUUUAGGUAUGAACUAUUUGCAUAGAGAAGCACCCAUCAAAGUUAUUCAUAGAGACCUGAAGUCAAAAAAUGUUGUGAUUUCUGCUGAGAAUGUUUGUAAGAUCUGUGACUUUGGUGCCUCCAAGUUUAUGGGCAGUACAACAAAGAUGUCCCUGGCUGGAACCUUUCCCUGGAUGGCCCCAGAGGUGAUACAGAGCCAGCCUGUGUCUGAAACAUGUGAUACUUGGUCGUAUGGAGUGGUGUUAUGGGAACUUCUGACACACGAGGUUCCAUUUAACGGCAUCGAAGGUUUCCAGGUGGCAUGGCUGGUAGUUGAGCGAGAGGAGAGGUUAACUAUACCAAGCAGUUGUCCACCGUGUUUUGCCAAGAUCAUGACUCAGUGCUGGGAAUUGGAGCCGAAAUCCAGACCUUCGUUCCGCCAGAUACUCAACAAACUGGAUAUAAUCCUCGAAGACGAUGCUAUGCAUGAUGUUACAAAUUCCUUUUUGGAUCACAAGAUUAUAUGGCAACAUGAGAUCGAGACCACACUUGACCGCCUGAAACGAGCAGAGAACCAGCUGACAAGCAAGGAACGCCAGCUCCGAGAACGAGAGAUACAGCUCAUGGCUCGAGAGCGCGACCUGCAGCAUCAGUUAAAUGUGGCAUCUUUGGACUCGCAUGAUGUGAACACCUGGACAAAGUUUGAUGUGAAUCAGUGGAUAAAGCAGCUUGCUAUAGCACAUAAUCCUGAUCUAAUGGUGUAUGCUGACCUAUUCUUGGAGCAUGACGUCACAGGCAAACUGUUGCUCAGCCUCACCCAGGAUGAGCUCAGCAACAUUGGCAUCAAGUCUCUUGGCCACAAAUAUGAGCUGUUUACAGAAAUUGAGCUGCUGAAAGCACAUAACUUCAGGCUGUUGAAUUUCCCUCCCUUGACUCAGUCCACAAAGCCUCAGAGCGAAGCAAAAGAUCCUGAAUUGAAGACAGCUGAGCUGACCAUGAUUUUUGGACAUCACUUACGCCAGGGAAAAUCCACCAAGGAACACAAAUGGAAGAUGUACAUGGAGGUAGACGAAGACGGCGAUGAUGACAGCGACGAAGGCCUCAGCAUCGUGACCUGUAUCAAGGAUGUGACCUUCACCUCACCCUCCCAGGAGUCGUUCAAGGUCACACACCCACCCUACAUCAUGGACAAGUGGAGUGUGGGUGUAAGCAGCGAGAUGGACAUUGAGUGCGUUGUAACCUUUGAGAAAAAGGUUAAGAAACCAAAAUCAUGCCGAUACGUUCACAAUCUUGACCCUGUCAGUGCGACCUCUGGUCAAAAGGUCAUCACCCUCACCUUGAAUCAGGUCAAGGAUGACCUUGAGACCUCCCCGACCUUAACCUUGACCUCAAGCAGAAAGGACGUAAAACAGUCACAGAGUUCUCCGCAACUACAUGGUGCCUGGAGCGAGAGAAACAUUUUAAUUACCCCAGUGACCACUCCUGAGAAAAAGGGUUCUCCAGACAUCUGGGCAAGCAUCGUGGCUGGCAGGAAAGCCUCCAUGACCGACUUCCCAAAACUCCGCCCAGUUCCAGGUACAACCAUGACCCUUCACGCGCCGCCUUCUUGUAACCCAUGGCAACAAGGCCAGAUACAAAGUCAAUCGUAUAAUCCAGGGCCAAAUGCAGUCAUGCAGAAUUCCACUUCCUCGCCCACUUUGGUUGGCAUUCAGAACAGUUGUAGUGAUGCACCUUCUGCAAACUUUGGAAAUCGACCUUUUAACCAAGGUCAACAUAACUAUGGUAAUCAAGGUCAUCAGCCUCAAGGUCACCUGUUCCAAUUGCCACCACAGGGCAUUGUAGCUCAUGACAAUGUUGUAUGCAUUCCUCAACAGUCUGUUAACAGCGAGGCUUUGGUUUCCACUUAUCAGGAAAACCUGUCUCAGCAAUGUGAUUCAAAGUGUCUGUCAAGCGUUCAGAAGUCAAAAGUGACAUUCACCUUGACUGAUUCUUGCGCGUCUUCGAGGAGUUCUGAAAGCGGAUACAGCGAACAUGUUGGUAGAAACACUGAAACGUAUGCUUCAGUUUGCUCGCACUGCAAAGCCUCAUUUGGCAGUUUUCAUCAGCAAAGACAAAGUGCAAGUUCAAGACAGUUUGAAGGUGAAGGUCAAACAGGCAAAAACAGAAACUAUGACCAAAGUGAUUAUCCAUACAGAAAUUAUUCAACAGGUGAAGGUCAAAGUACCAGAGGAGGGAGACAAACUAACAGGGGCCAUAAAUACAUUACUAAUUCAGGACAUGAUUUAGACCACAAACACAAACAUUGGAAGCCUCAAAAUGAUGGGCAUGGUUAUCAGAAAGGGGACAGGUUUCAAAACGAGGGUCAAAGGUCACAAAGGUUCUCUCAUAGGGAUCAGAGUACAAGGGGUCAUUAUAGGGGACACAGGGGUCGUGGCAGAGGAAGGGAUUUUUAUCACGAGUAUGAUGUCAUAAAUAAAAGCCAUAGCAGUGAGCCUUUGGUGGAAAAAAGUAACAUGAAUGUGCAAAUGAAGGUAAGACGGGCCGUUAGUUCACCGGAUAAGACGAAUGACAAACAAUAUGUUGCAUUUAGUAACAGUUUAGAGGGGGAAGAGGUCAAAAGCAGUGGUUCAGAAAAGAAGGAGGCUGAUCAAUCGAGCAAACAAAACAAAAAUCAAGAAAGUGAGAGUGAAUCCUUGGAAAAAAUUGAGGGUGAAGUUUUUGAGGAGUUAUCACAAUGCAGUCUCAAAGAUAGCACAGACAAAGAUGCCAACCCAUCAGGCUGGGUUUUUGUUGAACACAAAAGUCACAAAGGUAAAGAUCACUCACAAGGCAAAGGUGAAAGUUCACAUUCUUAUAGGGGUCAGGCUAUGGAUAGAAAUAGGGGGAGUUGGAGGCCCAGAGGUCAAAAGGGUCACCAUAAUUCUCAGGGGUCAAGUAGGACCAGAGGUCAGGAAAGUUCUAGGUAAAGAUAAAUGUCACAGUUUUCAAGUGGUUUAAUUAUUGCUGUUAUUUAUUUGGGUAUGAUAAUGAUAUUUUCUAGAGUCAAAGUUUUCAUAUUGUAUAUAUAUUUAUAAAUACAUGUGUAUUGUGCUGCUUUUAAUUGUUAUUGAAUAUAUUAACUUGUUAGACAUGACCUAUCAAUUAAUGUAUGUACAUUAAUGAACGAUUGUGUAGCUCAUUAAAUUAGAAAAACAUUACCUUUUUUCAUUACAUUUGGAAUUCCAUAUAGGGAUGUUUUACAAACAUUUUUUCAUUAUUUAAAGGUUGCUUUAAUUUAUUAUUUAUUCUUUUGCCAUCUGACUAGUCUCAGGUCAAUGUUUUUUAUGACAUUGUUUGUUGUUGUUUUUCUGCUUUAUUUGUUAACAUCUACAUAAAAUAUUUCAUUUAGAAAUAUAUAAGUCGUUGGUAUAAUAACAAAUGAAUAUAAUAUUCAUGGAUUAUUUUCAAUUAUUAUAUCUCAAUGUUUUAAAAUGAGGAUAAAACCAUGAGAAUUAGUGCUUCUUGUGAUCAUUUAUGUUUUAUUAAUGAAAAUGGGCCGUGCUCUGUGAAAAGGGUGUUUAAUGCAUGUGCGUAAAGUGUCCUCCCAGAUUAGCCUGUGCAGUCCGCACAGGCUAAUCAGGAAUGAGGCUUUCUGUCUUACCUGUAUUUUUGCUAACAAGAGACUUUCUUUACACCAAAAAUACCAUAACAGCCAUCUGGGAGGACACUAUGCACAUGCAGUAAACCCCAUUUUCACAGAGCACGGUCCUAAUGAUAAUUUAAAUUUGUUAUAUUAUAUUUUCAAAUAUGUAUUACAUUCCCUUAAGCAAUAAUAUUUAUUAGUUCUUACCUUUUUCAAACAAUUGAUUUUGAUGCCAUGUUACCCGUACUAAAAUUUAAAAAAUGUAUGUUUGUAUUGACCACAUGUAAUAUUGUAAUGUUUUCACCCACUGUAUCAUGAUGAGUCCCUCUGUCUGUAUGUCACAAAUUUUAUUUUUGGCGGGGGAUAUCAAUUCAACGAAUUAGCUUGUUAAUAAUUACUUUUCCUGUAUUCAGCAUAUAUAAUCUUAACUAGUAUUUUGUUGCAUUUUUAGCUCUACUGGCCAAAGGCCUGAAGAGCUUAUGUCAUGGCGUGGUUUCCGUCGUCCGUCCGUCCGUGCGUUAGACUUUUUCUUGUUUACCAAUAAAGUCCACAGUUUUCAUCCGAUUCUUUUCAAACUUGUUCAGUGUCUUUAUAUUUAUGAGGACUCGAACCCUUUUGAAAAUGGGUUACAUCAGAGAAAAAAGUCCAGAAUUUGAAUUUGAGAAAAUUGUGAAAUAAGGCUUGUUUACGCAAUAAAGUCCUCAGUUUUCAUCCAAUCAUUUCCCAACUUGCACAGUGUCUUUAUCUGAAUGAUGAGUCAAACCCUAUUGAAAAUGAGCAAUAUCAGAGUUAUAAAUCCAGAAUUAUCUCCCCUUGAAUUUGAGAAAAAAAUGAAAAUCUUUAACAUUUUGCCAUAACUUUUGCAAUAUUGAAGAUAGCAAGUUCAUAUUUGGCAUGCAUGUGUAUCUCAUGGAGCUGCACAUUUUGAGUGGUGAAAGGUCAAGGUCUUCCUUCAAGGUCAAAGGUCAAAAAAAAAUCAAAGCGGCGCAGAAGGGGACAUAGUGUUUCCGAAAAAACACAUUUCUUGUUUGUUUACAUAUAAAGUUCUAUCCUUUUGAAACUUCAACGGAUGUUUUAUAUCAUCAAGGGCCAGAACCCCAUUGAGAGUGAAGAAAAUUUGUCCAACUUAUUGUUGAAAAGGAGCCAUUUGAAGUUUAAAUUUUACGUUUCUUCUUGUUUAUGCGAUAAAUUUCCCAUUUUGGCUCUGUUUAUUUAAAACUUACUCAGAUUGUUCAUACUAUCAAGGGCUUGAGCCCUAUUGAUUCCAGCUAGUAGAGCGAUUCAGGCCCUCAUGGGCCUCUUGUUCAUGAAUUCAUAGGAUAUUGCUUUUAUUUGUGAAUUCAAACGAUAUGGUAGCUAAUAGAAGAAGAUAUUCUGAUGAAUAUAUUUAAGUGCUUGAUUUGUCUUUAGUAUGUGGUGCAUGUAGUAAAUUAGUUUGACACAACACAAUCAUAUUUUGUGAACUGUGAUGUUUGUUUGUAUUUUGUUAAGAACAAUAAGAACAAAACAUUUUCUGUAAGUAUAGAGGAUGAGCUCUACAAAAUUGAAUUGCUUUUUUUGGUUAAAACGAAUAUAUCACAUAUCAAACACUAUGUUAGGCUCCAUUGGUCAUUGUCAGCUCAGGUACUACUUAAAUGUAGCCCGGUUGCUCUUAAUUAUACAUGUACUAAAAUGUACCUCGGUGACAUAAAAUAUUACUCACAUGUAACCGAUAAAUUGAGACUGUGCACUAGUUUUAUUCCCGCCCAAAUUCUGAUGUUGUGAAACACGCUGAGGAAUAUGAUACCAAAUUCUCUUUGAACAAAACCUGCCUCAAUAUGCUUUUUUAGUGUGAGUUUCGAUAAUAUGAAGGCCAUUUAUUCAGAAUAUUGACAUACAUAUGAAUAUAAUUAAUUUAUAAAAAAUUAGCCGACAACAACCAAUUAAGCGUUAGAAUUCCUGGGUAAGUUUCAGUAUAUUUUCCAUACCUGGGGUUCAUUUAAGAAGUACCCGAGCCAACAAUGAUCAAUCGAGCCUCUGUUAGUUAUACAUGUAUUUUCCAAACUAUUCAUGAACAAUUGCUUAUAAUUUUCAUGAUUUAAAUUGUUGUUAUAUGAUAAAAUAUAAAAUAUAAUGAACAAUGGCUUAUAAUUUUCAUGAUUUAAAUUGUUGAUAUACAUGUAUGAUAAAAUAGCAAACAUUCCAAUCGUUUUUAUAAUUUAAACUCAGGAUUUAUAUUUUGCUUGUUUGUAUAUACCAUCUUAAUAUUGUUAACCAGGUUUUCCGAAGGAAAAAACUGGUUAUUAGAUUGGCGAAUGCGGGCGGGCUGGCUGGCUGGCUGGCGGGCGGGCGGAACAAGCUUGUCCGGGCCAUAACUAUGUCGUUCAUUGUCACAUUUUAAAAUCAUUUGGCACAUUUGUUCACCAUCAUUGGACGGUGUGUCGCGCGAAAUAAUUACGUCGAUAUCUCCAAGGUCAAGGUCACACUUUGAGUUCAAAGGUCAAAAAUGGCCAUAAAUGAGCUUGUCCUGGCCAUAACUAUGUCAUUCAUUGUGAGAUUUUAAAAUCAUUUGGCACAUUUGUUCACCAUCAUGGGACGGUGUGUCGCACGAAAGAAUUACGUCAAUAUCUCAAAUGUCAAGGUCGCCACGACUAAAAAUAGAUUUUUUUUAAAAACAAACUUACAAAGGGGGUUAAUUUUGUUUGUUCAUUUCAAAAGUUCAGUUUGAGUUUUCUCCCUUUAUCAGAUUUUUUUUUCACAAUGAAAACCUGGUUUUGUGACAAUUUUGUCCCUUGUUUUUAUUAUAUUUUUGGUUACGUAGCAUUUUAUUAAAUGUCAUUAUUCCAAGGUGCUUUCAAUACUGUUUAAAAUUUUAAACAAUGAAGGAUAAAAGUUACAAUUUGCUAUAAAGAUAUUAAAAUUAUGUUAACAACCCUAGCAUAAAUGCUACAUGUGUUUGUAAGUGUGAUAAAAACGUUGUUUAUAUAUUUUUACUUUUUUUAUUUGUGUUUGUUUUAGUACUUGUGAAAUGAAGGAGAGGUAAGUGUAACAGAUUGUUCCAUAAUUAAUGUUCACGUUCAGUCUAAUACUUUUAUAUAAUUUAUUUUGUUAUGCAUGUAAUAUUAAACCAAUAUAUUUUUCAUAAAUAUGUUGUCAAUAUGCAUGAGCUAUUUUUGGCAGAAUAAACAUGCAAAUUUAAGCGUUGUUAAUUUUUAGCUCACCUCAUUGCUCAGGUGAGCUAUUGUGACCGGACUUUGUCCGUAGUCCGUCCGUUAACAUUUGUUCGUAAACACUAGAGGCCACAUUUAUUGUCCGAUCUUCAUGAAACUUGGUCAGAAGCUUCGUCCCAAUAAAAUCUCAGUCUAGUUCGAAACUGGGUUGUGCCGGGUCAAAAACUAGGUCACUAGGUCAAAAGAAACAAAAAACUUGUAAACACUGUAGAAGUCACAUUUCAUGCCAAAUCUUCAUGUAACUUUGUCAAAAUGUUUGUCUUAAUGAUAUGUUGGUUGAGUUCAAAAGUGGUUCCAGUCCGUUGAAAAAACAUGGCCGCCAGUGGGCGAGGCAGUUUUCCUUAUUUGGCUAUAGAGAAACCUUGUAAACACUCGGGAAGUCACAAUUUUUGCCCAAUCAUCAUGAAAAUUGGUCAAAACAUUGGUUUUAUUGAUUUCUCGGACGAGUUCAAAAAUGGUCCAGAUCGGUGAAAAAACAUGGCCUCCAGUGGGCGGGGCAUUUUUCUCUAUAUGUAUAUAGUGAAAACAUUGAACACUCUAGAAGUCACAUUUUUUGCCCAAUUUUCAUGAAUUUUUGUGAGAACUUUUGUUUCCUAGAUACGUGAGUUAAGUUUGAAAAUGGUUUCGGUCCGUUGAAAAACAUGGUUGCCAUGGGGACAGGGCAGAUUUCCUUAUAUUUAUAUAGUAAAAAGGCUUAUUAACAAUCAUGAAUUAAGGUCAUGUAACAUGCAAGACAACUCUUCUAAAUAUUGCAUUUAAGUUUACAGUAGUUACUCCCCUUUGAUUAUUAAUGUUUUCAUUAUAAUACAGUGUAGUUGUGUUUAUCAUUUAUGUGUUAAUUGUUAUUCGAAGGUGAUGUUUUUUUUAGCUCACCUGAUUGCUCAGGUGAGCUUUUGUCACCGGUCUUUGUCCGUCGUCUGUCCACAUUUGUUCGUAAACACUCUAGAGGCCACAUUUAUUGUCCGAUCUUCAUGAAACUUGGUCAGAAGAUUUGUCCCAAUAAUAUCUCGAUCGAUUUCGAAACUGGGUCAUGCUGGGUCAAAAACUAGGUCACUAGGUCAAAAAAAAAAGAAAAAGCUUGUAAACACUGUAGAAGUCACAUUUAAUGCCCAAUCUUCAUGUACCUUUGUCAAAAUGUCUGUCUUAAUGAUAUGUUGAUUGUGUUCAAAAGUGGUUCCGGUCCGUUUAAAAACAUGGCCGCCAGUGGGCGGGGCAGUUUUCCUUAUAUGGCUAUAGAGAAACCUUGUAAACACUCUAGAAGUCACAAUUUUGGCCCAAUCAUCAUGAAAGUUAAUCAAAACAUUGGUUUUAUUGAUAUGUCGGACGAGUUUGAGUUGCCCAAUUUUCAUGAAAUUUGGUCAGAACAUUUGUUUCCUUGAUACGAGAGUCGAGUUGGAAAAUGGUUCCGGUCAGUUGAAUAACUUGGCUGCCGGGGGGGGGGGGCAGGUUUCUUAUAUUUAUAUAGUAAAAAAAAGCUUGUGAACACUCUAGAAGUCACAUUUUUUGCCCAAUCAUCAUGAAACUUGGUGAAAAGAUUUGUUUUAUAUAUAUCUCAGAUCAGUGUGCAAAUGGUCCCGAUGGGUCAAUAAACAUGGCUACCAGGGGGGUGGGGCAGUUUUCCUUUUGUGACUAUAUAGAGAGAAACCUUGUGAUCGAACACUAUAGAAGUCACAUAUUUUGCCUAAUCAUCGUGAAACUUAGUCAAUACAUUGGUUUUAUUGAUUUCUUGGACAGGUUGGAAAAUGGUUCAGAUAGGUGAAACACACUUUUUAGCUCACCUGAUUGCUCAGGUGAGGUUUUAGGAUGGGUCUUUGUCCGCUGUCCGUCCACAUUUGGUUUGUAAACACUCUAGCAUUCACAUUUCUCAAGCAUUCUUUAUCAAAGUUGCUGAAAGAUCUCAGUCAAGUUUGAUGAUGAGCAAAAUCUCAUAAUUGAUGCCAUAAUUAUUGCCCUUAGAUUGUCCAAAUUUUCAUUAUUUCAUUAUAUUAUACAAAAUCCUUGUAAGCAAAGUUUGAUGUUUGGUAAGGGGGGUCAACUCAAAUUAUAGGUCACCAUUUCAAAUCUUACAAAAACAAAAACACUCCCUACGCCAGAGUUUUGGUUCAAUAAUGAUGAAACUUGACCAGGAUGUUUGUCUGGUCAAUAUCUAGGUCAAGUUUGACAUUAGGUAAAGAUUGAAUGAACCGACUCCUCUCAGGUGAGCGAACUAGGGCCAUCUUGGCCCUCUUGUUUUGUAUUUAGUUAUGAUGCUUAAAAAAUAUUUGUUCACAUAAUUAUAUUGCAUGAAUUUAUCUUAAAUAUGCAUUUUGUCAGGAAUGAUAUUUCACACCUUGCAGCUACUUAGUGGCUUAGUAUCUUAAAGAAAAAGCUUGAAUACAGUAAGAAGUCAAUGUCAAGGGGCAGUUCUCCUUACCCAGUAUAUUGCCAUAGAAAAAAUUGAACACCCUAGAGGUCACAUUUGUUGCCCAAACUUGGCGAAACAUUUGUCUAAGUGAUAUAGGGGCCAAGUUUUUUAUUGGUUCAGUUCCGUUAAAAGACAAAGCCACCAGGGAGUGAAGCAGUUUUCCUUAUAUGGCUAUAGUAAAUCUUUGUAGAUGUCACUUGUAUUGCCCAAUCUUUGUAAAACUAGGCAAACAUGUUUGUCUCAACUCAACGAUAACUUGGUUGAGUUGGAAAUUCGUCCUCAGGGGAUUAAAAACUAGGCCACUAGAUCAAAUUUAAGAAAAAGCUUUUGAAGACUAGAGGUCACAUUUAUUUCCAAAUCUUCUAACAAAUUGGUCAGAACAUUUGUCCCAAUGAUAUUUCGAUAGAUUUUGAAACUGCGUCACGAUUGGUCAAAACUAGGUCACUGGGUCUAAUUCAAGUGAACUCUUGUAAAUAUUGUAGAGGCGACAUCGUCUGACCGUUUGUCUCAAUCGUUGGAGUUUGAAACUAGGUCACAGGGUAUGUGAAACUAGGUCACUGGGUAAUGGAAGCCACAAAUGUUGCCCAAUCAUCAUGAUACCUACUUGGAAUAUUGUUCUAGGGUUAUCUUGUAUAAGCUUUAAAUGAGCUCUAAAUUGGCUCUGGAUUCAUCACAAACGCUGAUCAAAGCGGAUCAGUUACUUUACACCUCUUGUGAGCGACCUAUGGAAUUUUGCCCUCUUGUUAAUUUUGUAUUUCAUCUACCUAUUGAUUUAUUUAUUGAUAAUCACAUUUUAAUUGUUUAAUACUCUCAUGGACUAUCAUUUCAUUUGGUCUUUUGUAAUUAAAUCUGAACUCAAUUUAAAAGCAAUUCAAAAGAUAUUUUUGUAAAGCCUUAAAAACACUAAAAAUCACCAAAUGUUUCCUAAAAUAUUUUGAAAAAAUAUAGUUCACACAUAUAAAAUCAGUGUUCCUUAUAGCAAUAGCCAAACUUUUAACACGAGAUUGGCUUCGGGCAGCUCAUGAGAACUGUCGUGCUCCUGACGCUGCCCAAAGCCAAUAUCAGGUGCACUGGUAAUGUUCGGAUAUUGUUGCUGGAAAUUCACAUGGACUAUAUUGUCACACAAAAAAUAAAUACGAGCAUUUUGUAUCUUGUUAAAUCUAUGUUUCAAUACAACAUCUAGCAUUGAAAUGUGAUCUAUUUCUAUAAGGAACACUGAUUUUGUAUUGGUUAACUUUACUUUACGAAAUAUGUUAUGAAAUAUUCGUUGAUUUUGAGUGUUUAUGGGGCUUUAACUGAAUGUUUAUUUUCUAUACAUAUGUUACAUAAACUGUACUCUUUCAACAUUGAAUGAUAAACACACAUUUUAUGACAUAAAGACUAGCAAUUAAACUUG